UUCAAGCGUUUUGGUUGCCGCGUGUUAACGGGCCCAAUAUCAUUUCGUUAAAAGUUGUAUUAAAAAGUGCAAGUACACCACCUUAAAAUGGGCAAACCAGGAUUCAGUCCACGCGGUGGCGGCGGCGGCGGCGGUGGAGGAGGUGGCUUCCGUGGGCGUGGCGGCGGCGGUGGAGGUGGUGGCGGUGGUGGCGGAUUCGGAGGAGGCGGAUUCGGAGGAGGUCGUGGUCGAGGCGGCGGUGGAGAUCGUGGUAGCCGAGGCGGAUUUGGAGGUGGUCGUGGAGGCGGUGGAGGUCGCGGAGGUGGUGGUGGCCGCGGUGGCUUUGGAGGAAGAGGUGGUGGCGGAGGACGUGGAGGCGGUGGUCGAGGUGGUGGUGGCCGCGGCGGCGGAGGUCGCGGUGGUGGUGCCGGCGGUUUCAAGGCAGGCAAAACGGUCAUCAUCGAACCUCAUCGUCACGAGGGUGUGUUCAUUGCACGCGGCAAGGAGGAUGCCCUGGUCACCAGGAACUUUGUACCCGGAUCCGAAGUCUACGGCGAGAAGCGCAUCUCCGUUGAGUCCAAUGGCGAGAAGAUCGAGUACCGUGUGUGGAAUCCCUUCCGUUCCAAGUUGGCUGCAGCUGUCCUAGGUGGUGUUGAACAGAUUCACAUGCCACCGGGCUCUAAGGUUCUCUACUUGGGAGCAGCCUCCGGAACGACAGUUUCCCACGUUUCAGAUGUUGUAGGACCCGAAGGACUUGUCUACGCCGUGGAGUUCUCCCACCGUUCCGGACGUGAUCUUAUUAAUGUGGCCAAGAAACGCACCAACAUCAUACCCAUCAUCGAGGAUGCUCGCCAUCCGCACAAGUACCGCAUGCUGGUUGGCAUGGUAGACACGAUUUUCGCUGACGUUGCCCAGCCGGAUCAGGGCCGUAUUGUGGCGCUGAAUGCCCAGCACUUCCUGAAGAAUGGCGGUCACUUUGUCAUCUCGAUCAAGGCCUCCUGCAUCGACUCAACGGCGCAGCCUGAAGCGGUAUUCGCUGCCGAGGUAAAGAAAAUGCAGGCUGACAAACUGAAGCCGCAAGAGCAGCUCACGCUAGAGCCUUACGAGAGAGACCACGCCGUCGUCGUCGGCGUAUACCGACCACCGCCCAAGCAGUAAGCAGUCAUCUUCUGCUUGGUUUAGUUUUAAGGCUAUUGUACUAAUACAGACGUGUUGUAUUAAGUUUCUUUUUAAAUAUAAAACCAUAGUUGUAAAGAUAAAUCAAAAUGCAAACUAUUUUUGUAGCAGACGUACAAAAUAUAUUCAGAAACCAAAAGAAAAUGUAAAA